GUCGCCAUUUAUUGCUAGAUAACCAUGAACUCCUUGUAUACUCUAGGCGUACGACAAACUAAUUCUAUACAAGCCGACCUCGAGAGACUACGGAAUGGCGAGAAGUCUGCGUCGCUACUAGGGCAGAUAUCCGCGUCAUUAGCGGCCAUGCACAGGACGGUGGAGGACUAUGAUUCGAUGGCCAAGAGAGAGAUUAUCAAGGCUAAGCAGGAGAAAGCUAUGAUGCGAGUACAGAAGUUUCGUACAGAUUACUCCGACCUACGAGCGCAGUUUGAGCGUCUGAAGGCAGAGCACGAAGCACUAUCGCGAGCUGAACUGUUGUCAGGCGCAUCGUCCUCAACAGUGCCCUCGUCCGCACCUGGAGACGCCCGACGGAGAUUCAUGCCAAACCAAUCCCCUGCAGAAGAAGUCUCAGAAUCCCCGUUCCGAAGCGGUAUACCACUACCUAUGAACGGUGCCCUGCGAGAACAGCACGCUCUCCGCGAGCACAGCUUUGUGCAAAACACGGAUUCCCGCCUAGACGAGUUCAUUGCUCAAGGCCGGGCUGUCCUCGAUGAUUUGGUCGAUCAGCGGAACGUGCUCAAGGGCACACAACGACGGCUGCUCGACGCUGCGAACACUUUGGGACUCAGCAGGGAUGUCAUUGGGUGGAUUGAACGGAGAAGCACGCAGGACAUGUACAUCUUCUUCGCUGGCGCUAUCUUCACUUUCUUAUGUUUCUUCCUCAUAUGGAGGUAUCUGGGCUGAUGUCGUCACUUUUCCC